AUGCAGAGUCCAUAUUAGCAGUUGUUUCUGUUGCAGAAUCGUGUUCCCGUUGAUAGUCAGCCUCAACAAGCGAUCCAAAAGAUCAAGAAGUAACUUUCUAUUCCAAAACCACCUACACAAGUCAAAAAUAAAAUUCCUCAAAAAUUGGAUUAGCCAGGUUCACAAAAGGCGGUUGUCAACACCUAAACUCCCAUUCAAACUUAUCAUAACAUGAUUGAUCUUAUCAGACAAAAUCAGGAUUUGAAAAAUGAGUUGAUUGAAAUAGAGAAGGACAUCCAAAAUUAUAAAAGUUUGAUAGAUAUACGAUCCAAAAAGAAAUGA